CAGUAAGCAAGUCUGUGGUGUGAAGCCAAAGAACUGGGCCUCAUAGGCCAUCGGAUCCACAGACAUCCUGCUUUCUUUGCUGCCCUCAACUGUGAAAACCCAGUUGGAAUUGAUCACACCUUUUCAGUUAUACUUCAAUCCUGAACUAAUUUUUAAACACUUUCAAAUAUGGAGACUAAUCACCAAUUUCUUAUUUUUUGGUCCAGUUGGAUUCAAUUUUUUGUUUAACAUGAUUUUUCUAUAUCGUUACUGUCGAAUGCUAGAAGAAGGCUCUUUCCGAGGUCGGACAGCAGACUUUGUAUUUAUGUUCCUUUUUGGUGGAUUUUUAAUGACUCUUUUUGGGUUGUUUGUGAGCUUAGUUUUUUUAGGCCAGGCCUUUACAAUAAUGCUGGUGUACGUGUGGAGCCGAAGGAACCCCUAUGUCCGCAUGAACUUCUUUGGUCUUCUAAACUUCCAGGCCCCCUUUCUGCCCUGGGUGCUCAUGGGGUUUUCCUUGUUAUUGGGGAACUCAAUUAUUGUGGACCUUCUGGGUAUUGCAGUUGGGCACAUAUAUUUUUUCUUGGAAGAUAUAUUUCCCAAUCAGCCUGGUGGAAUAAGAAUUCUGAAAACACCUUCUAUUUUGAGGACUAUUUUUGAUACACCAGAUGAGGAUCCCAAUUACAACCCACUACCUGAAGAGCGGCCAGGAGGCUUUGCCUGGGGUGAGGGCCAGCGCCUUGGAGGGUAACACAGCUGUGCCAGUUAUGAGGCCCAUCUGAGAAGGACUCAGUGAAAUGCCCAUUGGGAUUCUUUUAUCCCUUAUUGCAAAAGUGUGGACACUUUUGACAGCGUGACAGAUUUUAACUCCAGAAGCACUUUACGGAAUGGUACACUGACUAACACAGAAGACAUUUCCAACAGUUUGCCAGGGGUUCCUCACUAUGCUGGUACUAAAAGUAUAACCUCUUGGAGCCAAAAAAUGGAGAAACAGAUACCCUGCUGCCUCUAAAAGUACAUGGGUACUUGAGCUCUGUGGCGUAAGGCAGGGUGUUUCCUACUCUUCUUUGAUAGACAAGGCCGUGGUGUAAAUGGAAGUUUCAGAGAGGACAAAAUAAAACUGAAUUCCAUCUCUCUCACACUGUAUUUAAGCUUCGUGUGAUCUUUUAAGUCAUGGUAAUGUGUUCUAGCUCUCCUGCGUAGGUCUGAACACAGCGGUUUCCGUGUCUGCCCUCGUGUCCCCACUGCUUCCGACUGGAUUUGAUUUCAAGAUUGGAAAUGCACAGCUGUUUCGUACUCUGACUAGUUCAAAGUGGUAGCUUCAGUAGGAGGAAGAUUGGUUUCUGCUAUUCAGAUGGUUCUCUGUCUGAAAACCACAGAAGAGAGGAGGGAGGGUGAUUUGUAGCAGAGGAAUCUGUAGGCAAGUCAGCUGUAAACAAAAAGCAACUGUGACAUCUCUUUUAGCUGGAACUUCUCCACUAAGAAAUUCCCGAAUUAGUAAUGGUCACCCUUUGUCAAAGCACGGGCAUAUGAAUGGGCAGCUGCUGGACAUCUGUUCCUCUUGUCAUUCAUUUCAAGAAAAGCUCAAAACCUUUGCAGAGCCAAGUGCCUAGUUCACCUUCCUGGGAGGUCAGGUAGGGUAUUUGGAGGCAGCCACACUGAUGGUUCAGUGAGCGCUUGUCAAAGAUAUUACAUCUUGUUUUACAUCUGUGCUGCUCUAUCAGAGCCCAGACAGAUGAUCUCAGAUAGUUUUCAUAAACAUCAGAUAGGCACAGGACUCCCCAGACUGGAUCGCCCUAUUUUGGCUGAGUUGCUUUCCAGAAUGAGCUCUUUCUCAGAGUUUGGCAUAGACUUGAAUAAGCUAUAGUAAGCAUUCAAGGUGAAAAUUUUCAACUUGUCUUUGAGGUAGAAAGCAUUUUAGCAACUAAGUGGAAAAUGCAUAGGGAAUGAAAUGAGUACUGGCAUGUUACAUGUUGCUAAUGAAUAACUGAAGAGGAUUUUAUGGAAUGUGUUUUAACGGGACUGCUUUUCUCUUGUUUAAAAAUUUUUUUAAGUUUAAUGACAAUCUUAGAUUGUAUGAACCUUGUGGAAUUCUUAAGUUUAAUCAUUGUUUCUGUUCAAGAAAGCUUUAUUGGUAACUUUUAGGAAUUUAUUUUUAUUAUUAUUGCUUGCUUUUGAGCCAGAAUGAGUUUCUUUAGGUUUUAUUUAUUGUCCCCAAGUUAAUUUUAGAUGUAGCUACUUAGUGGAAUUUUUAUGGUAAAGAUUUAAUUCUAAAAUCUCUUCACCAGCUGUUCAUUUUAAGUAGUGAAUACCUGUACAUAUUACUGACUGGGUAAAACAGGAAAUGCAUUUUGGAUGCAUAGCCUCAAGCAGUCUCUGGUGUUUAGGAUGCCAAUUCCUAGUGGCAAAAUACCAUGCUGUGCUCCACACUGUGCCCUGCAAGUGCCAAUUUCAGUCACUUAGUAGUUUGGCCAGUCCCACAUUUGUGUCCCUGCCCCUGUGUCGUUCGACAGGUAACUGGAUACGAGGAAAAGUCCUCAUUUCCCCAGCAAACCUCUUGAUUCGGAUUCUUCCAAAAGUGAGUCACCAGAAAAGUGAGAUUGGAUUAUGGGAUUCUGUGAUGAUUAAGCAUACAUGAAUAUAGUUUUGAGACAUUUCCUGGAUUGUACCAGAAAUAACCAAAAAAGCACACCUAAAGCACAGGGGUUUUGUUUUGUUUUUAUAGACUUACAAUAUAUGUUCAUUUAAAGAUGAAUGGACAUGCCAAUUGCAUCUCCCUCGGAGAUACAUUUUAUAUACUUUGGUGUGUUUUUUUCACUAUGAAUUUUUACUUGUUUCUUCCACUUCUUUUUCUGUCAUCCUUCUGUGUCCUCCUGUCUUUUAUAUUUCUUUUGUACUUGUGUGAGGUAAAACAUCCACAUCCUGGAUCUUGAAACAGAACCAUAACACUGUCUCUAGGGUCGUCUGGGAAUUAGGGAACACUGGAGCUAUUGGCAUGUUGUGUAACAUGCUUCCUAGAAUUGCCAUGCCUUCUGCCACUGUUUUAUUUUGUGGCUGUGUUUUCCGUUAGAAGGUGAGUUCUAUCUGUGUUAGCCAAUGUCCCGCCCUUCGCUCCUCUUCAGGAUGACUAAGCUACUUAUUAUUUUGAGUUUUCUUCAAAGCUCUUGAACUUUGCUUCUAUGGCUGAGCGACUCUGUGCAGAAGUCUGCAGUCAGUUCCUGGCCUUUAUCAAAUGCAUAUCUCUGUCUUCCUCUGAAGCUUGCUCCCACUUUACCUAGCAGAGACCUCAAUUUAAGUCUCUUCAGUCUUUCAAGACCCAACAUUCAAAUCUUAAUACUGAAGUCUAGUUCAUUAUCUUCUUUAAAUCCUUAUGAAGCUUCAAACCUGUACUAAAAUUCUUAUACCAAACCAUAUAUUGUCUUGUACUGUUCCUAGAUGCUACGUGUAUGUUAGUUUUGUUUCCUUCAUGAGAAUGUAAGCUCCUUAAGGGCAGGGACUAUGUCUUAAUUUUUGUAUCCACCACAGUGCCUAGCACUGUGCUUGGCACAUGGGUGCUGAAUAAAUACUUUGUUCACUGAUCAGCAAA